GUCCAAUGACGUUUUGUGUGUGGUGUAGGUGUAGUACGUACUCUUAUGAAGAUGGCAGCUCUGCCCUCGCCUACCCAGGUGGCUGGGAACCAUAACCCCAUAUAUGAAUCAUAUUACCUGCUGGUUGAUCCAAACAAUCACGGAAGUGUUGGUGCUUUAGAUGCAGCUAAGUUUCUAAAAAAGUCUGGCUUAUCAGAUGGAACCCUCAGCAAGAUCUGGGACCUUUCUGAUCCAAAUGGAAAGGGAUAUCUGAACAAACCUGGAUUCUUUGUGGCUCUGAAGCUCGUAUCACUGGCUCAAAACGGGAGAGAUGUCAACAUAGCUAAUAUUUUAACAGAUGUUCCUCCCCCUAAGAUGGCGGACGUUCCUGCAGUGCUACAUAACAACAUCAUAAACUCUGUACAAGCCACACUGAGCGAUUGGGCAGUUAAACCCCACGAGAGAGAAAAGUACGACCAACUCUUUGACUCUCUUCAACCGCUCAAUGGAGUCAUUCCAGGGAACAAGGUCAAGGGGCUUUUGUUGGAUUCCAAGCUACCAAUGGACACGCUAGGGAAGAUAUGGGAUCUGGCGGAUAUGGAUAAAGACGGAAGUCUGGACAGACAUGAGUUUGUAGUGGCAAUGCACUUGGUUUACAAAGCGUUGGAAAAGUACGCAAUCCCUAACAGCGUACCUCCUGAACUGCUGCCUCCAGGGAAGAGGAAAGAUCCUCUACAUGCAGCUCCUGCACCUAUCAUACCCAUAGCACCCAUCACAAAACCUGUGGAGCAUGCUAAGCCAGCCGUGCCACCAGCUCCCCAGGCACCGUGGGUAGUUAGUGCUGAAGAGAGACAAAGAUAUGACGUUAUGUUCCACCACGCUGACGUGGACAAAGACGGCUUCGUCUCGGGACAUGAGAUCAAAAAUGUAUUUCUGCAGUCAGGCGUUCCACAACAAGUGCUCGCUCACAUAUGGGGCCUAUGUGACAUGAAGCAAACGGGUAAACUGAAUGGGGAACAGUUUGCCCUGGCUAUGUGGCUUAUCAGUCAGAAACUACAAGGGAAAGAUCCUCCACCAGCCCUUACACCUGAGAUGAUACCACCCAGUGCGAGGGGGAAAUCUGCAGAAAACCAGCCUGAAAACAACAACACUACACCGUAUUCUAAUCCAGAACUAGACAUGAUAAGUAAGGACAUUGAACAAUUAGUACGAGAAAAACAAAUAUUGGAAGGUGAAAUAAUUCAGAAGGAAGCGGACAUCAAAAUUAAAAAUGGCGAGGUCAAAAGUUUACAGGGAGAACUAGACACACUGGCAGCUACAUUAAAACAGUUAGAAACACAAAAAGGGGAAGCUCAAAAGAGGUUAAACGAUCUAAAAAAUCAGACAGUCUUGGUUGAGUCGGAACUAAGUGAUGUUCGGAUGGAGUUGGACGCAGAACAAGCUCAGGUGGACAACCUGAGAAGACAAGCUGAAGAACAGGAAAGUAACUUGAAAGCGCAGGAAGAGGAGUUGUCAAAUAAGAAACAAGAAUUGGAAGGAUUGAAACAGGAGGAAUCUAGAUUACAACAACAACAGGAAGAGUUUGGGAAGAAACUAGAUACUCUCAGUCAAAACCUGCAAGACUCACAGCUGCAGAUUAGUCAGGUGAAAGCCAGUAUUACCCAGCUAGAGGAGCAUCAACGUCAGAUACAAGACGCGAUCGGGCGUGUUGAGACUGCCUCUACAAGUGGUGACGUGACCAGUGUACCAGAUACGUGUCUGCAUCUACAGCCAGAGUUCCGCGACCCUUCACACACCAAACUGGUUUCCGAACAGUUACAUGACCCAAGUAACGAUGCCUUCACAAACGGACCAACGGGUGACAACUUUAUGAAUAAUAACUUUGCCAAUGAUCCAUUUUCUAACCCAUCUGCUGCAUCAAAUCAAGACCCCUUUGCUUCGAGUGGAGGAUUUGCUGCAGACUUUAACAAACCUGUGGAAACAUUUGCUCCAGACCCGUUUGCCAGUGCAUUUGGUUCAAGUAUAUCUAAUGGUAAAUCGGAUCCUUUUGACCCCUUUGGUGAUGGAAGGCAAAAGACUUCAAAAACGCCCCAACAAGAAGAAGCUGCCAACAAAGACCCGUUUGGUUGUGAUCCGUUCGCUAUCCUGCACGCCCCCACUAGAGACUCUGUUGCUGUUGGGCCGCCUCCUCGCCCUGAGUCUCCGAGCCCUGCUUUGCCACCCAAGAAGAGCAAGGUGCCGCCGCCCAGACCCGCCCCUCCUCGCCCACUGCAGCCGCCAACCCCAAGCCCAACGCCUGCUGACCCAUUCAAUGCCCCAGCGGCCAACUCCACAUCAGAUCCAUUUGGGUCCGACCCGUUUGCAUCCAGCAAUAGUUUUGCUGACUUUUCAAAUUUCAACAGUAAGUUUGCUGAAAGUCCUGUGAGAGCUGCGCCGGCCGUACCGAGUGUGCCGAGUGCUCCUGCACCCAGUGCUCCUGCACCACCGGUUCCAAAACUCGACUUCACAGAGGAUCCGUUCAGGGACUAUCGCUACGAGGAUCCAUUCAACUUUGCCGAUCCCUUUGACGACGAGGAUGGAUCUAUCCCCAGCAUAUCAAAUAGUUCUGCAAAACUGGACCCGUUCGGAAUGGAAAUAAUUGAUAGUGGUAAAAACACGCCUGUGAACGGUAAACUGACACCAACGAUUAGCAAGAGUGUUAAUGGCAAGAAGACGCCGAUGAAUGGGAAAAACACACCUUCACCACUUCCGUCGGAAGACCAACAGUUGGCUUGGGCAGCUGCAGAGAGCCUUCGACUGGAGGAGGAGAGGCGUAAGCAAGCUGAAAGGGAAAAGGCGGAUUUGGAACUCGCAUUGGCUUUGAGCAAAAAGGAGAAGAAGCGAAGCGGACCGUUUUCAAAAAUCCUCUCCUGACAAUCCAAAUCGUAACUCGGUGUCGGAAUCGGCCGAGUUUUCAGGUCUGAGAAGUGUCCUCAGUUCCUACACAAACUGUUUACUUUGACUGAGUUUACAAAAAUUUACCACAAUCGUUGCGACCUUUCAAAAACGUUCUAUAGGUUUUUUGAUUAUUUUUUUAGUCUUCCAGCAACUUAGGAUAGUCUCAUGGUUUUUGUUAUGUGCCAUCAAAUGUGUACGAUAUUAUUUUAAGGCCCUAUAGUACUGACAUAGAUUUAAAUUUGUUUAUAAUUGGAAAUUGUUUCUAUUAAAUAUGGUUACUUUUUAGAUGUUUUUCACUGUUGAGUUUAAGUUGACAAUUGACUUACCACUAUGGCUGUAUUCCAAUACGGCGACCUAAUGAAUAGUAACCCUAGACAUAAGCAAGAAACCCUAAUGUGCCUGUUUAUUUAAACUACACACUCAUAGUUUUAUUUGAAAUAAUUGUAGGGUUAGACUCGAUCUAGACAUUGUGUUCAUUUUUCUAAAGUUUGGUUAUAAUUUUAUAUUUCUUCCCUAUACUUUUUAAUCAAACAAGUGUUUGGGUAAACGUUUUGAACAUAAAGAAUUGAAAGUUGUUAA